CUGGAGGAUCAGCUUCGUCGUCAGUUUCGGUAACAGCCACACGACGAGGACAACGUUAACGUACGUUGCUUUACGUUUUUUAAACAGCUCUAAAGCGGCAUAUGUCGCCUUUUAUAACACAUAGAAAUACGGAGAUUAUCCAGCCUAACGGAGGAGCUUUAUCAUUUGUCCUCCGACAAGGAAAAGAAAGGAAAUAAGGGAUCUUGUCGCUGCCUCUGCCCUUCCUGUUAGCUUCUUUUGUUUUUCACUGCUGCGCUCGAGAAGGCGACCAGUAGCGCCCCCUCGCGAGCCAACAGAAAAGAGCUCGAGGAUAGGGAGCCAAACGAGCGGCCGAGCCUCUUGCCUCCCGACCGACGUGGGUCCCCCCAGCUCACUUGUCCGAUGCGGAGUGAGGAUGAGUCCCGCUCUAGAAGCCCUCAUGCAGGCGGACGGGACUCCUUAUCCCGGAAAAGGGGUAAUGCUUGAACCCUUCGUGCACCAGGUGGGAGGCCACUCCUGUGUGCUACGAUUUGGGGAACAAACAAUCUGCAAGCCCCUCAUCCCCCGGGAGCACCAGUUCUACAAGAGCCUCCCUCCAGAGAUGAGGAAGUUCACCCCUCAGUAUAAAGGUGUUGUAUCAGUCAGUUUUGAGGAGGACGAGGAAGGGAACCUGUGCCUCAUCGCCUACCCCCUCCACAGCGAAUCAGGGGACCUGGAAAACAAAGAUCCUUCAGCAGACUGCGAGCCCAAGAGCAAGAUGCUGAAGUGGAGCAACAAGAAGCAGUCCCCGUUGCUCUUGGAAAAUGACAACUACAGCAAAGAGAGAGCACGACACAGCCGAAAAGAAGACAAGAUCAUGAGUUAUAAUCGUGAUGAGAGUCAGCAACAGCAGCAGCAGCAGGCGGAGGUUCUGUAUUUCAGCCUGGAGAAGGGCAACGUGGUGCCACAGAUCAAACACAACCCCUGGAGUCUUAAAUGUCACCAGCAGCACCUACAGAGGAUGAAGGAGAAUGCGAAACACCGCAACCAAUACAAAUUUAUUCUUUUGGAGAAUCUGACAUGGCGCUACACAGUACCAUGUGUCUUAGACUUGAAGAUGGGAACUCGCCAACAUGGGGAUGAUGCAUCAGAGGAGAAGAAAGCCAAUCAGAUCCGCAAGUGUCAACAGAGCACCUCUGCCUCUAUCGGAGUGCGACUUUGUGGCAUGCAGGUUUACCAGUCGGACUCAGGCCAGCUGAUGUUUAUGAAUAAGUACCACGGGCGUAAACUGACACUAGCAGGCUUCAAGGAGGCCCUCUACCAGUUCUUCCAUGAUGGGCAUCGCCUGCGUCGAGAGCUUCUCUCCCCGGUGCUGCGCAGACUCCGAGAAAUGCAAGCUGCAUUGGAGGCCUGCGAGUCUUACCGCUUCUACUCCAGCUCCCUGCUCAUCAUCUACGAUGGAGACCCUCCCAGGACUCCAAGUAGGCCCAGACACCGCGGUGGGGAAGAAGGUGACGAGGAUGAGCCAUCCGAUGAAGAAGAAGAAGAAGAGGAGGAGGAGGA